AUGCGUCGGACGACGGUGGACGACGUUGUUGUCAGAGCUCGAAAAAUGGCCCCUUCCCUCUUAAGACGCUUGAUGAUCGUCGUCGCAGACACCCUGGAGGAAAAAAUAAUUUAUGCCAGGCUGUUGCCGCGAAUCUCUGGGCUGUACUGCGACGGCCAUACGACCUUCAAGGCUUUAAGGUUUAUUCACGACGUCGAAAAAAUCGUCAAGCAGUUCUUGAGGGAAACCGGCCUAGGUUGGGGCAAACUGGCAGCGAGCAGACUUCGCCGUUCGCCGGUAGUACGGCAAACGGUGCUGCAAGUGGUGCGGCCAGCGGACGACCAUGCGUCAAAUUCAUUGACCAGUUGUGCAUUUUACGACAGAGAUACCCGGCCACAUUUGUUGAUGGUACCAUGGCGACCCGGGUGGCCCGUGCUGUUACCAGCGUCCUGGAUGCCAGCGGUGGUCACCAGACGCUGUUCUAUACCGCGGCCGACUAGCGCACAUCAGUUUCUCGACGACGAUACCGUGGUGCCGCUCGUGAUAGCUCUUAACAGAGGCCCAAUCGAAUCAGUGGACGACCAUGGCCAAGUCCAGUUGGACCACGAUCGGAAGACAUCUUCGGACGUGUCGGACGUCACUUUUUUUUCGGUAAUCGUUCUGGCACCAUUGGCCGUAUUCUGGACGGCGGGCAUGUAA